AUGCGAAAUAUUCCUCUGCAGCACCCGCCAUGUUUAUUCGAUUCAUUGUUUUCAAUUCUCUCUCCCUCUGUGUUUGUUCACACGUCUGUUUCACUCGGCGCGAUUUGUGGCCUUGCAUUCAGCCCUUCUAUCCGACUAGAAAAAAAGGAAUCUAGUCUUUUAGUUAUUUCUUUCUAUUUUUCUUACAUUUUUAUUGGAGUCUUUCUUUUUUCUUUCUUUCUUUCUUCCUGGUUUUUUCUUUUCUUUCUUUCUUUCCUUUUUUCUUUCUUUCUUUUUUUUCUUCCUGGUUUUUCUUUUCUUUCUUUCCUUUUUUCUUUCUUUUCUUUCUUCCUGGUUUUCUUUUCUUUUUUCCUUUUUCUUUCUUUUCUUUUCUUUUUCUGGUUUUUUUUUUCCUUUUCUUUUUUUUUCUGGUUUUUCUUUCCUUUUUUUUCUUUCUUUUUUUUCUUUUUCUGGUUUUUCCUUUCUUUCCUUUUUCUUUUUCUUUCUUUUUCCUUUUUUUUUUCUUUCUUUCUUUUCUUUCUUCCUGGUUUUUUUUUUUUCUUUUUUUUUUUUUUUUUUUCUUCCUUUUUUUUUCUUUUCUGGUUUUUCUUUCCUUUUUUCUUUUUCUUUCUUUUUUUCUUCCUGGUUUUUCUUUUCUUUUUCUUUCCUUUUUUUUUCUUUCUUUUCUUUUCUUUCUUUUUCUUUUUUUUUCUUUCUUUUUUCUUUCCUUUUUUCCUGGUUUUUCUUUUUUUUCUUCCUUUUUCUUUCUUUUUUUCUUCCUUUUCUUUCUUUCUUUCCUUUUUUUUUUUUUUUUUCUUUUUUCUUCUUUUUCUUUUCUUUCUUUUUCUUUCCUUUUUUCUUCUUUAUUCCUUUUGGUUUUUUUUUUUUUCUAGUCUCUCUUUUUCUCUUUUCCUUUUUUCUUUCUUUUCUUUUCUUUUCUUUAUUCCUGGUUUUUCUUUUUUCUUUCUUUCCUUUUUUUUUCUUUCCUUUUUUUCUUUCUUUCUUUCUUUUUCUGGUUUUCUUUUCCUUCUUUUUUUUUUUUUUUUUUUUUUCUUUCUUUCCUUUUCGUUAUUUCUUUCCUUUUUUUUUUUUCCUGGUUUUUUUUUUUCUUUUUUUUUUUUUUUUUUCUUUCUUCAUGGUUUUUUUUUCUUUCUUUCCUUUUUCUUUUUUCUUUUCUUUCCUGGUUUUUUUUCUUUCUUUCCUUUUUUCUUUUUUUCUUUUCUUCCUGUCAUCUUUUUUUCUUUUUUCUUUUUCUUUUUUUCCUCCUGGUUUUUUUUUUUUCUUUUUUCUUCUUUUUUCUUUUCUUUCUUUCCUUUUUUUUUUCUUUUUAUUCCUGGUUUUUCUUUACUUUCUUUCUUUCCUUUUUUCUUUCUUUCCUUUUUUCUUUCUUUCUUUCUUUUCUUUCUUCCUGGUUUUUCUUUUCUUUCUUUCCUUUUUCUUUCUUUCUUUCUUUUCUUUCUUCCUGGUUUUUCGUUAUUUCUUUCCUUUUUUCUUUUUUUUCUUUCUUCCUGGUUUUUCUUUUCUUUCUUUCUUUCCUUUUUUCUUUCUUUCUUUUCUUUCUUCCUGGUUUUUCUUUUCUUUCUUUCCUUUUUUCUUUCUUUCCUUUUUUCUUUCUUUCUUUUCUUUCUUCCUGGUUUUUCUUUUCUUUCUUUCCUUUUUUUUUUUCUUUCUUUUCUUUUCUUUUUCUUCCUGGAUUUUUUUAGUUUUUCUUUUUCUGUUUUUCCUUUUUCUUUUCUUUCCUUUUUUCUUUCUUUUCUUUUCUUUUCUUCCUGGUUUUUUUUUUUUUCUUUUCUUUUUCUUUCUUUUCCUUUUUUUUUUUUCUUUUUUUUUUUCUUUGGUUUUUCUUUUCUUUCUUUUUCCUUUUUUUUCUUUUUUUUUUCUUUCCUUUUUUUCUUUCCUUUCCUGGUUUUUUCUUUUUCUUUCUUUUCUUUUUUCUUUUCUUUCUUCCUGGUUUUUCUUUUCUUUCUUUCCUUUUUUUUCUUUCCAUUUUUUUUCUUUUCUUUUUCUUUUUCUUUUUUUUUUUUCUUUCUUCCUGGAUUUUCUUUUCUUUCUUUCCUUCCUUUUUUCUUUUUCCUUUCUUUUCUUUCUUCCUGGUUUUUCUUUUCUUUCUUCCUUUUUUUUCUUUUCUUUUUUCUUUUUCUUUUUUUCUUUCUUUCCUUUUUUUUUCUUUCUUUUCUUUCUUUGGUUUUUCUUUUCUUCCUGGUUUUACUUUUUUUCUUUCUUUUUUUUCUUUCCUUUUUUUUUCCUUUUUUUCCUUUUUUCUUUCUUUUUUUUUCUUUUUCUUCCUGGAUUUUCUUUUCUUUCUUUUUCCUGGUUUUUUUUCUUUCUUUCUUUCCUUUUUUUUUCUUUUCUUUCUUCAUGGUUUUUCUUUUCUUUCUUUCCUUUUUUCUUUUCUUUCUUCAUGGUUUUUCUUUUCUUUCUUUCCUUUUUUCUUUCUUUCUUUUCUUUCUUCCUGGAUUUUCUUUUCUUUCUUUCUUUCUUUCCUUUUUUCUUUCUUUAUAUCUUUCUUUUUCUUUUUUCUUUCUUUUUAUUCUUUCUUUCUUCCUUUUUAUUAUAAGAAGAAAUUACAACUAUUCCUUCUUUCUUCCUAUCUUUCGUUUUUUCCUUUUUUCUUUUCUUUCAGUUCUCCCGCCAUCAUACGCCAGUCGAAUUACCACCACUUAA